UAUCCAAAACAGUUGGGAUCAUGUAUUUAACGUAAACAUAUGUGAUUUAUUUUUUAAUAAUUAUAAAUAAAAUAUAUUGAAUUUUUUUAAACAAUGCCAGCUUCGAGAAAAAAUUGUUGUAUUCUUGGAUGUAAUAAUACAUCACGCCGAGAACGUGGAUUCAGUGUGGAAGUGAAAUUUUAUAAAUUUCCUGAGAGCGUGUUAGGAGCCUCAUGGAAAAUAUUAAAACGUAAACAGUGGAUGAAUGCAGUGAAAAAUUACGUAGAAAAUCCAAAAGACUGGGUACCAAAUAAAUAUACGAGAAUUUGUAGUACCCAUUUUGUAAAUAAUGAAAAAUUAGAGCAUCCUUUACACCCAUCUUAUGUUCCUUCGAUUUUUCCUGGACGUGAAAAUGUAAAAAGAAAUAUUCAAUCCUUGGAACGUUUUCAACGAGUCAGGAAUCGUGAAAUAAACACAAUCCACAUCAAUAAAUAUAUUGUGAGUGAAAAAAAAAAAGAAAUAACAUAAACAUUGAAAAUACGAUAGACACAGUAAUGGAGCAAGGUAAUGAAGAACAUGCAAGUAGUGUUGAAGAGCAUCCGAUUGAUAUUCAUGUUGAAACUGUUACGGUGAAGCCUGUGCAACGGAGCAUAAGUUGUCAAACAGAGAUAGUCACAGAUGGAUCUUAUGAAGAUUUGGCAUAUUUUUUUUGCAAUCUUAACUAUUUUAACAAUUUAAACACGGCUGCAGUACAGAUUCGAGUUGUGAUCCAAUAAAUAUAGACCUUAGUAAAUCUUGUCAAGGUUUUCAUGGACUCUCUUCAAUUACUACCGAUGAAGCAAUGAGCAGUUUAACAGGUGUGACAUUAGCAAUUUUUUCAUGGCUUUUAACAAUGUUACCAGACUGUAAAGCCUCUAAAGUAGACAAAAAAACUAGUUUCCUGAUAACAUUAGUCAAAUUAAAGACGGGUUUAUCAUUUACUGCAUUGGCAGUCAUUUUCAAUAUUCAUAGAACAACUGCACAUAGGAUAUUUGUGAAACACAUACAGCAGUUAAAUAUUUUGCUACAGAAUUUCAUCGUUUGGCCAUCGAAAUCAACAAUACGUGCAUCUCUACCUGAAACAUUUAAGCGGCAUUACCCAGACACGCGUGUGAUAAUUGAUUGCACUGAAGUUUACACUGAAGUACCACCAGAAGUUAAUCAAAAAGUCUUAAUGUAUUCUGAAUAUAAACACCAUCAUACUGUCAAGUUUAUGGUGGGUUGUGCACCAGAUGGAUUUAUAACUUAUGUUUCCAAAUGUUAUGGUGGCCGUGCUGGUGAUUGCUUCAUUACAAACGAUUGUGGUUUGGUUGAUUUAAUUGAACCUGGUGACGUUGUUUUUGCUGACAAAGGAUUUCCCCAAAUAAAAACUCAAAUCGAAAACAAAAAUGCUAUUUUUAUCAUGCCUCCUUUUGGCCACAAAGAUCAAUUCACCCCUGAAGAAGUUGACGAAACAUACAACAUUGCUUCUGUGAGGAUUCAUAUAGAACGAGUAAAUCAACGAAUCAAGGAUUUUAGAAUUCUGUCAAAAGUACCUAAUUCAUUAUUUCCUCAUAUUGAUGAAAUUGUUUUUGUUAUUUGUGCUUUGGUAAAUGUACAGAAGCCAUUGUUUAAAGAAAAAGAAGUUGACAAAUAAGCCUUUUUCAAAUA